AUUUACAUAAAGAAGUUACGCUAUCCUGUUGGAAAUUAAACGAAUGUUUUUUGCAACUCUGACGUUUGAAUUUUAUAUGAUCUACUGAAAAAACAUCUUUUAUAAAUAAAAUGAAUUAAGAAGCAAAUGAAGUUGAAGGUAGAACAAUAAUUGACGUGGAAUUAUUAUAUUCUUCCGCGUUACUGUUUAAAACGAGGGUUUAGUAUUUAAAAACGACGCUGGAUCAAACUAGCCUCCUAACAAAGUUCAGACGCGUUGUGUGGACGUAUUUGACACGAGAAAGUGUGGUAAUAUAGUUAUCGAUUAAAAGCAUGAAUGAAAACAUCUACCAAAACGAAACAGCUCACUCAAAAAAGACGCGGGAAAGAGUAAAAGAACAAUCUAAUUUUUACACGUUAUCUGGUGCUAUUAAGAAGUUCAGAUUUCCUGUUACACUUCAAGUAAUACCCUCACGGCAGUUAAACCUCUUUGAUAGCGAUGAAGAGUUCACUACGUUAAAAAAGCAAGUUAUUACUGUAAUUGGGGAAGUGAGUCGAAAGAAAAUUAAAUGUCUCACUUCUUCAGGUGAAUCUUUAGAGCUACCAGUAAAAGAUAUUGCUGUGCAUACUGUCUCGAUUGGUCAUAGUAAUUCUGAUUUCUUUAAUUCGGUAGAGGAAAUAAUCAAGGAAAGAAAAAACAGAGAAAUUAUGUGGGUUGUAGUAAUGGAAGCUUUUACAUAUGGCAAUAAUACAUUUAACGUUGGAGAAAUUCUGCAGCUGAAAAAUACUUCAAAAUUUUCAACACUUCGAGGGAGCAGAAAGUUAGCUGUUAUUGUGUUCUCUACAUCGCAAGAAAUUCUUCUUCCGGGGAAAAUUGAAUGUGAAUUUCGACGGUGUUUCGAACCAAACUUUAAACGGCCGACCAAACUCCUAUCAGACGUUGUGAAAAAUAAAACUUUUCCUUUUAUCAUUAAGUUCCCAACACAGAUAGACAAGAAGUUUGGAAAAAUUCCCACUGUGUUUGAUAUCAGCAAAUCGUUUGUUGUUGCUACAGAAGUGUACCAAAAAGAUAUUUACAUUGCUUGUAAGAAAAAUAAAGACAUGUUUCAAAUCCACACCGUUCCUUCACAUAUUGAUGCAGACGUGGAGGUCUUACACGGUGAAACCCCAGUUAAAAGCUUCUCACCCCAUCAAGUUAAUAUUAUCAAGUCCACCUUAAUAUACAGUGAUAUUGAUUUCGCAGAACAACAUCACCAGAAGCGAGAUUACGCGGACCUUUAUUUAGACGAACACGAGGAACAUUUUGGCGAUAUCGACGAAAGCAUUUAUUCGAAUCCUCAAGGUGUUAUUGAAAAUGCGGACGGCUACGAAGAUCCUGAUGCAUAUGGAAGAGAAAAUAAAAACGAGUUUGAUGAAACGAGUACCUACAACCCCUUCCUAUCUAACACAAAGAAACUGACUCCAAGAAUUUCCUACGAAAAUAAUAGUUUAAAACAGAUGGGUACAGAUGAAACACUGAAUGAGGUUGAUUACGAAGUUAACAAUAUCGCUAAAGAAAAGGAAUUUAAAGUCGUCCAUGCAAAAGACGUAUCUGAUCUACCUAAGGAAGCAAAAGAUGAGCAGUCCCGAAACUGUCGAAUGAGUGAAUUAUAUUUAAAUUUGCUUGAUGAUAAAUCUGAGGAUGUUUCUGUUUCCACCCCUCCCACUAAUAACUGCGGGUAUAAGUUUAGACCACCAAAAGUCAAGGAGCACAAAAAAGAUUAUAUUGACAGUGAUGGAUAUAUGGCCAUAAAAUUACGUGGAUGCUUCCCUGCAGAUAGUGCCAGCAACUCUUCCGCAGACUUAGGACAUGCAGACAACGGAACGCCAACCAAUGCGUCUCGCCCUGCCGUACCUUCUCGUUUAAAUCAAUCUUCAACCAACGACAACGCAGCAAACUUCUACAACAAUAUAAAUUCACCGGUAGACGAAACAAAACACGAGUCAGUCCGUGCGGAUUACGACAAUCAUAGGCAAAGCUGUUCAAAGGUUAAUUCAGCAAAGAAACAUACACCUUCUUCGUCUAGUGACUACGACUAUCCCGACAUGACGGAAUUUAGUAUGUAUGACUUGACGGAUAUAAAAAGUGACAAGAGCUUGCAAAAGGAAACAAGUCGCUUGAAGAUAUCUAGCUUGGGAGUCAGCGAAGUUUCAAAUAUGUUGAGAACUCUUUCCUUGAAAGACAAAAUCGAAAAGUUUCAAAAUUUAGGUAUAGAUGGACAUAUUUUAGCAAAUUUGACGGAAAGCGAUUUUAUAGAUUUAACACUGACUCAAUUUCAAGCCAGGAAGUUGUAUAAAUUUGUAAAUGGCUGGAGGCCAUUGGUUGAUGAAAAUAACAUCAAUAACCCCCCUGCUGAAUAUAGUGUUAACAACGUAUCGAAGUUAGUAAGUGAAAUGAAAAUCCAAACAUUGUCGAAUUUCGUCACCACACAACACAUCGACGGACAUCUGAUGUGCGAGCUUUUGAAAGACGAUAUUUUAUCAACCUUCGGCUGCGAUCAUGGUAUCAUGCUCCGGAGAUAUGAAAUAAUCAACUUAAAAAAGGUUUUUCUCGAAGGCAACGAAUCCAAUAUCUGUUGAUAUAUUUUUUUUAAAAAAGAAAUUUGUUUAAGUUCUGUC